AUGGUCGAUCUUCUAGCCACUAAUGCAGUUCUGUCGACACGAUCAGGACUGUCCACUCAUGGAGACCAGGAUCUUUCCAAUCUAUUCCAGUUCCCUGGACGUUUCAUUGACGGAACGGUGGGACUAGUGCCGCUCGAUUUCUGGAAAAGGCUCCCGGGUACGGACCGCAAUCAUUGUAUACCCCACCGAGCUGCUUUAGCCUCUCUAGUGGAGACUGGAGACCCCCCGUCUGCAGUUAGGGCACGGUUUCGCGCCGCAAGAGAAACCGCUACCAGAACAAUCUCUCUUUCGGAGUGGAGUGGAUAUACUCCAUCUUGGGGUGCAUCGUCUCGAACGUGCUAUUUUUAUUGCUCUCCCAGAACAUACCAAUUGCAACCUUUUACGUCAAAGACAUCAAGUUCUUGCCACCCAAGACCUCAAGGGCCAGACAGCUUUGGCGUCUCGCCCGGUGUUACAUUGACCAAAAACUUCAGGGUCCUCGAGGCACCUGGUAUCAGCACGCUCAGGAUGAAUCCCUCACUUCUCUCGGAGGUAUUCUCAUUGAACGAUCCCGUUACUUCGGAGGGUGACUAUAUGAACUCUCAUGUGACAGGGUUUGGAACGGACGAAGACGACAACAGCCAGCGAGUCGGAGGUCUCGUCUCCAUGCCUGACACCAACGGCGUGAGGUACCACGCACAGCAUCCUUUGAUGCAGGAUUUACAGUAA